CGACAUGGAUGCGGGCAUUUCUUAAUCGUCAGCUUGCAGUGGGACUGAAUUCCAAAUCUCGCUAACACGAACUUAUGGACUGGUCGUCCACGAUUUUUCGUUGAGGGCCAACUACGCAUAUAUAUAUAAGUGCGCAGAAGAAUCUACUCGAGGUCCAAAGUCAAGAUAUCUAUCUAUCCAUCUACUCGAGCAUAUCGACAAGUUUUAACCUUCAAUAUUUGCAGCCAAAUAACUGUACCGUUAACCACACUUAUACACCUACCCCACUAUCUCAGAUCAACCACCAUGGCACCAUAUGAAGGAGAAUGCCACUGCGGCCAAAUCGCAUGGACGGCCGAAAUCUCAGAGGAAUCUCAUGUCCUCUGCCACUGCGGAGCGUGCAAGAUUAUGGGCGGUGGAGAAUUCACCUUGAACCAAAUCAUUCCCAAGUCCAACUUGACCGUCACCAAAGGCGAACUCAAGGUCUACACCUACAAGGGCGAUUCCGGUAACAACACGGAUUGUUACAUGUGUCCCAACUGCGGUGCCAGCCCGUACCACCAUCAACAUGUCAUGGGCCCCGAUACCAUCGUCGUCCGCACGGGAUUACUCAAGGGGACGGAGAAAUGGGGCAAACCAGCGGCGGAGAUCUAUGACAAGGACCGGCUUUCCUGGUUGCCUCAGACGGCUUCCGUUAGCUUCAACACUACACCACCCUCGUAAAUGGUACGGUUGUGAUUCGAGUGGAAUGCAGGACACAGGAAAUAAUAGGAUAGUCUACGGUCAUAAUAUGACGGACAGUACAUGGCAGACAGGAUAUCACUCCAAUCACUUCUCUCUUC